CGGAGAUGAAAACAAAAGUUUUUGUUUUUGCGUGUACAAUAUUUGUAUUAACAGUCAGUACCUGGAUAGGAGCUGGAGCUAGUUUUACAACUAGAGUGAAAGGCAUUAGUGAAGAUUUAGAAAAUGCACUUGGACGUGUAUUAAAUGUUGAUAAUGUUUCCUUUACACCGUUACCUAUGAAUCGAACGUAUAAUAGUACGACGGCAUAUUAUCCUAGGGGUAUGACAGGCGUCUACAAUGUCACCAAGAUUGUUAUACAAUUCAUUAUGGCCAAGGAACCACUACCUCCAGGUUUCCUUAUAUACGAUGAUAAAGCUGGCAUGAUAAAGCCAGCAGGUGAUUUAAUGUCCGAAUGGUUAACACUUUUAAAACAUUAUGGUGGCAUAUUAGCGAUAUGUUGCGUUGCAAUUAUAUUUAUUGCUAUCAUGCCAUUUGCGGCAUUAUUCUUUUGUUGUUGCCGUUGCUGUGGCAGAUGUGGAGCACGUUCGCAACCAUUUGAUAAAAAACAUGAUAUGUGCAAGAAAGUGUUGUUAUCAAUGUUAUUGAUUUGUAUCACAACAUUAAUGCUAUUUGGUGUUGUUUCUGCAUUUGUCACAAAUACGUACAUGCAAAAUGGAACAGAUGAAUUGCCAAAUUCUGUUCGUACAUCAAUAAAAGAUACACGUGGUUAUAUAUCCUUCACACAAUUGCAAUUAGAAACAUUGUUGGAUACAAAUUUCCAAGAGCUCGAACAAAAUUUGAUUGAUAUACUAGACACAAGUGGAGCAAUUGUUUCGGAGAAAUUAAAGGAAUAUUCAAAUGCUGUCGCCUUAAGUCAACUAGCAGGUAUCGUUCAUGAUUUGCCAGAUGUUAGUCGAGAUUUAAGGAAAAUGAAAACAGAGACAACUGAUUUAAGAACAAAUGCAUCACGAUUGAAUGAUGGUUUGCGUCACGUAAAAGCAGAAUUAUUACGUGAAUUAACUGAUUGUCAAACUGCUGGAGUUCGUGAAUGCAAAGAAUUUAAAGGUUUAAAUGAUAUUGGAAAAUUAGAUACAACUGUAGAUUUUAGUAAUUACCUUGAUAGGUAUUUCCCGAGGUUACCAGAUGUAAGUGAAUCAUUAAAGAAUAUCACCGAACUAUUGGAUAGUAAUAUUGUAGAAGAAGUUCAAAAAGGCAAAAAGGCAUUCGACGAUAUUCAAAAACAAAUUCAAAAGGCUGUGGAUGAUAGUAUUCCGGUUGUAAAAGAAGCGAUUGCAGGGGCAGGUGAUGCUAUUAAAUCAAAUGCAAAGAAUUUAACAAAUAUGUUAACUCAAGCAUCCGAUGCAAUUGGCCAACAUAGUAAAAAACCAAUUGAUCAAGCUGAUUUGUAUUUAGCUCAAUACUCAAUUUAUCGUUGGUAUGGUGGUCUUGCCAUCAGUACUUUACUAUUAAUUGUAGCCUUGUGUGCUUCAUGUGGUCUUCUAUGUGGAAUCUGUGGAAAACGACCAGAUGGAUACGGUGAUGAUUGUUGCAAUAAAGGAUCUGGCAGUAAAUUUUUAAUGCUUGGCGUAGCUAUAAUCUUUCUAUUCUCAUCCGCAUUAAUGGCUGUUUGUAUAGCAACAAUGUUAAUUGGAAUUGUUACUGAAAAAGGUGUAUGUGAACCAAUGAAACAACCAACAGCUCCAUCAUCAACUGAAUUGUGGUCUUUAAUUGAUCAAUUUAUUGGAUUAGAUAAAGCAACCGGGUUAAAUUUGGAACUUAGUCAAGUGAUUGAUUCAUGUCAUCGAAAUAAAAGUGUUUAUAAAGUUUUAGCUUUAGAACAAAAAUUUAACUUGAAGGAAUUAGAAUCAAAAGAUAAAAUUACUAUGGAUCAUGGAAUAACAAUUUUAACAAAAGAAGCAAAAGGAAAAUUACAAAAAUUAGCAGAUUCAGGCAUUGGUGAUAUUAAAUUCGAUCGUUUUACCGAAAUUUUACGUGAUAAUAUAACUUCAAUCAGUCUAACCGAUCUUUCACAUAAAUUAACGGAUACUGCAAAUAAAAUUGGUGAUAAACAAGAUCUGCAACAAAUUAAAUUAUCUUUACAACGCAAUGCAUUAUAUUUAGAAACAUUCCAAAACACAUUAGUUGUACCAAUGGUGCAAAGUGCAGAAGAUUUAAAAGAAACUGCUGUACGUCUAGAAGAAGGUUUGAAAUUUAAUCAUUCAUCAUUUAACGAAGCGGUUAAUUACUUAUUAAAGGAAGUAGAAGAAGCACAAGAAUAUCUACAAACAAAUGGAACAAAAGAUGUUGCCGAGAUCGCUGAAGAAUUUGCAACAAAUUUAGAAGGUCGUAUCAAACAUUAUCUACGUCAUGUAGCUUAUGAACUAGAACAUAAUGUUGGACAAUGUGGUCCAAUCAGUAAUGCUUACAAUGCUACCGUCGUAGCUGCAUGUAGUAAAAUAGUACAACCACUUAACGCUUUUUGGGUCAGUUUGGGAUGGUGUAUACUAUUAUUCAUACCAACUUUAGUAUUAUCUGUCAAAUUAGCAACAUUAUACCAAAAAUCUGAUCCAUAUCCAGGCCCUUUAGUUGAAGCUGAAUAUAUGUAUGACGCAUAUGCUGACAGAGAUAACAUUCCAUUAGCCAAUGCACAUAGAAAGAAAACUAAGAAAUGUGGUCGUGGACCAGCAUACCAUCAAGAAACUUAUGAAAAUCCAGGAGGUUAUGCAAGUGAUUCUGCUGCAAAUGUACGUUCUGCCGGAGAUGCUCCAAGCAGCAGCAGAGAUAUGCGAUACACUGAUAUGGCACCAAAACACUGGGAGGAUUUUCCGAACGGGGGCCCACCACAAUAUCAUAGCCCGCCUACAGAGUAUGAGAGGCCCCCGCCAUAUUAUUACCCGGGCCCGGGAACUCACCCGUAAAAAAAUGACAAAAUGAAGAAACACCGUUUGAUAAAAGUUAAUUUUAGAUAUUUAGAUUAGAAUAGAAUUUGUAGGCACAAAAAAAUUUUGUUCAGUCAGCACUUUAUUUUGUAAAAAAAAAUAUUUUACUGAAAAUUGAGAUUACAAAAAAAAUAACAAAAGAAGAAAAAUACUCAAAAACUAACAAAAAAAAAUGGUCAAAAUGAGAAUUUUAAUUUUUAAUUAAUUUGAUUAAACUCAUAAACAAAAACCAUAAGCUGCCGAAAUGAACUAAUAUUCUUAAUUCUUA